AUGUUAUUCGCAUCGAAAAAGUCUAACCCUUUUACCUGUCUUAUAUGUGCACGGCCUGCGCACGGCCAUCAUUAUAACGUUUUAACUUGCAAAGGAUGUAAAACAUUUUUUAGAAGACAAUGUCUUCUCAAUAUUUCUGAAAAGUGUAACCUCCAUGGUGACUGCUUUGAUUUAAAGAAACGAAACUCUCCAUUGCUAAGAUGCCGACCUUGCCGAUUCCAGAAGUGCAAGUUUGUUGGAAUGAAACCAGAAUGUGUUCAGUAUAAAGAACCAUCAAAGCAGAUAUUACCUAUGCCAGGUUGGCCAAUUCAGCACAACAUCCCAUUGCCCGAAUCCCAGAUUAGAAAUGUUCAAGGCAACAAAAAAUAUGAAUUGGCAUGGUGCCAGAAUAAAAAAGUAUGGUCUCUUUUCAAUAUGCUGGCAAUCAUCGAGUACAUGAAAACGUUUGAUUUCUUCGAUAAAUUAUCAGCAGAAGAUAAAUUCCUACUAGCUAGACAUACUGUAUUGCCUUGUCUAAAUUUACAUGUUUCCUAUUUUUCAUUGAUGAACAAAUGCGAUGGAUGUUUGCACCCAGAUGGUACCCAACAGCCACUACGAGACGAAGUACACUAUUCCAUGACUGUGAUGCCGGUCAAAGCAUUAAUAAGAAUUCAAAUGAAACCUGUUGAGUAUGUUCUUCUUAAAGCAAUUUGUCUAUGUAAUCCAGCUGUAAGCGGUCUAUCAUUAUAUGCUCAAUCUCUUCUGCUCACUGAACGUCAAAAAUAUACAAAACUUCUAUCUGACUACUGCCUUCAAAAUCAUGGACCUGGUCGGCUUGCUGAGCUUCUCGGAAUAUUUUUUAUUUUAGAAAGACAGCAGGAGCUGCAAAAGAAUUUUUAUCUUCUGAUAAUUGGCCUUCAUAGAAGAUGGAAAAUUUUUAUUCAUGAUGUAAUGGUUUCCUAA